AGGUAAUGGAGCGACUCAGCAGUGUGAUUGACACGCUCGUUGAUGAUACUUGCAAUGGACUGCUCAAACCAAAACAUAUUCGGGCUGCGGUUGAUUUUCUAUUGUUUUCUCAUUAUGUUGUUCAUCUUGUCUUCUCAAAAUGUAAGCUUCACUGCAAGAAGCUUUUCAUGCAAAGGAAUGCGGCUUGAAACUCGACAGAAGCGAAGCGGAUGCAGCUGCAUUGAUGAAAUAGUCCGCGAAUCGAAGAUAGAGGAGAAAUUGGCAAACUUGGAAGUCUUGGCGGCAUCUUGCAAAGCGAAAUGCGAGAAGUUAGGCGUUACGGAUGGUUACGUCCACUUGGGGUUGAGGAAGAUCUGGAAGGCCACAUUUACCCUAUCGUUAGCGCUUACCAAGAGGCGUUGACCAACAAGUGAGCUUGAGCAUGAUAUAGAGAGGAUUCGAGAUGAAUUGAAGCAAGCAAACGAACGAGUUAAUUUGCUAGCUAAAAAGGCUGAAGCACUGAUGGCCGAUAAGUAAGUUUGUUUUCGCGCUUCAUCCUUUUGUUUCCAAUGUCGUAUGUCAACUUUUUUCUUCUUCUUCUGCGCUCCGCAUAUCUGAUAAGACAGUUCUUUUCUGCAGUAUUUUCCCACCAAUCAUGUUUGUUACAAAGUUUAUGCUCGCAGAUUGC